AUGAUCCUGAAUGCCAUUGACAAGAAACAGCUAACUGCGAUUGUAUUACUCGACAUGAGCAAAGCAUUCGAUAGCAUAGAUACCACGACUCUGAUUACUAAGUUAGAAGAUGUUGGCGCGUCUUUUCAGGCGAUUCAAUGGUUCCAAAGCUACCUAACAUCCAGGUAUCAAGUAGUAAGAAUACAAACAACCUUAUCCGAGCCUUUAGAGGUAAAGAGUGGAGUACCUCAGGGAAGUAUACUUGGGCCACUUCUGUUUAGUAUUUAUGUGAACGAUUUGCCAUCAGAUCCACAACAAUGCUCUCUCUAUUCCUAUGUCGAUGACACAAAACUCCUAAUGUCGUUUUCUCUGCAACACCAACAAAGAGCUGUCUCAGAAAUAAAUCAAGAUCUCUUGAGAAUACGUAAUUGGUGUUUUGAUAACAAGUUACUGUUAAACCCAGGAAAAACUAAGGCCAUGAUAUGCGGUAGCAGACAGAUGAGAGCAAAAUUUCCUAUUUUUCGCUUCUCACUUCUCGGUAAAGAAAUCAUUCCUGUAACAAGCGCCAAAGAUCUCGGCGUAAUCUUGGACUCUGGUAUGACGUUCGACAGCCAUGUACAAGCCACUAUCUCCUCAUGUAUGUCUCGUUUAGGUCAAAUAAACCGCGUGAAACAGUGCUAUGACAAACACACAUUAAUAAUUAUUAUUAACUCCCUAGUUUUUUCAAAAUUAUAUUAUUGCUCUACUUUCUGGAGCAACACUUCUCAAACAAAUUUAAAUAAGGUACAGGUAGUGCAGAACUCUGCAUGUCGAAUAGUUAGCGGAGUUGGCAAAUACGAUCAUGUCACACCAAUCCUGCAAGAACUAAAGUGGCUUCCUGUUCGACAGUAUUUAUAUUUUCGUGAUGCAGUCAUGGCAUUUAAAUGCAUGACAGGAAACGCACCUGCAUACCUAACUGAACAGCUUGUGAGACGAGGUGACAUUUCAUCUCGCGUUACUAGGAACUCGAGCAUGAUUGAAACUCCUUCACACAGAACAGCAACCGGGCAACGAUCUUUCAAAUUCAGAAUGGCCACAAUUUGGAAUUCCUUAAAACCAGAACUUAGAAACAACGAAAGACUUCAAACAUAUUUUAAAACAGAGACUUGUAGAAACAUUUAAAUAUAGGACCAAUCUUAAGAAAUUUCGAUGUAAAUAGCAUAUAUAUUUGUGUAGUACUACCAAGUGUGUGUGUGUGUGUGUGUGUUGUGUGACUGUGUGUUGUUAUGCGUGUCUCUCUAUUAUUAUAGUGUAUAAAAAUUUAGAUCAAUUAUGUAAAAUUUUGCUGAAAAGCUUUUUAAGGGAUGUGAAAUUAAAAUACAAUAAUAACAAUAAUUUAUCAUCAAGAUAUGUUGCUGAAAAUAAGUUCAAUUUGCUAAAUCGUUAA